AGAAAGGAAGAAAACACGAGUUUAGAAGAGAAACAAAAUCAAAAAAUAAACUCACUAAGAAAUAGCAUUUUCGUUGGCUUAAAUGGCAAGCAGCUUUGCGUUACUCAAGAAGAAUCCAAUGAAGAUUUAACCAAUUUAAAAAUCAGCAACAAAGAAUACUUUAUUGAUCAAACUGGAUCCACUUCAGAAACGAAGAACAAUGCAAAAAGAAAUUAUUCACUUAAAUCAGCAGAUGCAAAAGGUCAUAGCAAUUUGAACAUUAAAAACAAUAAUUUUGUUAUUGAUUGGAAGCACAACAAAACUAAAGACAGCAUUGGAAACAACGAUAACAUUAACAGUGGAGUGAUUAAAGAAUUGAACAUUUGCAAUCCAAAAUACAUUAAAAACGAUGUACCUGUUAUAGCUUCGUUGUCAAAUUUAAUAACUGAAGAUAGUGAUAUACUUUCUGAAUAUCCACGUCGAACGACUAUUCAAAAUGUAAAUCAAUUACUACUAAAAAAUCAAUCAAAUAGCAGUAAUAAUAUGUCAAAUAAGUUGGUUGACGAAAAACUUAAUUUAAGAGAUGAGUGCAAUACAAUUAAUAUGGCGAAUUGUGAUACGAUUUUAGCGGAAUAUGUGCUAAAAAAUGAAAACUCUGGUGAAAUAUUAAUUACGAGUUGCUGCAAUAGAAACGUUGACCCAGACGAUGCGCUGCAGUUGGCGUCGAAAUCAACCGAAUCAGAUUUCUUGAUUGAUAAAAAUGAAGUUAGUGACAUUAACAUAUUAACAAAGUCCCCAAUCAUUCGAAACAAAACAGUAAAUAAUUUUGAACGUAAAGAAAGUGAACAGUUUAUAGCUUUUCAUGAAAAUAACUACGAUACCGAUUCUAGAAACUGCAAAGCAAGUAACUUUACUAAGCAAUACCGAAUAGGUCUCUCUUUAUCUCCGAAAUCAACAGUUUUAUCUUCUUCAUUUGCUGGACACGAAACAAUUGAAGAUCAAAAAUCAAACUUCAGUAACUCAAACUACACAUAUGUAACACAACAAGAUACCAUCUGUCAUCCUUUUCAGAAAGAACAUAAAGAAAUUCAACCCAAAAUUGAGCAAGUAAAGCACAUCCAAGCUCAACUUGAAUCAUCAACGGAAUAUAUUACCGAUGAGUUUGACGAUCUAAAAGUAAUGGUUGUCUAUUAAACUAUGUUCGUUGAUGUUGAUUUAAACGCAUGAACAGAUCGAGUCUGUACAGUGAUGUUAUUUAUUUUAGCUACGGAAGUUGUACAAAAAUCAGCAAUUCAUGCUUUAGUUUUUUUUACUAUGGAGUGUUAACAUAUCCAACAACUUUUUGCCUAAACAUAUAGCAUACAUUGACAAGCCUGCUUUACUGUGUUUGAAGACCUAACGAACCAGUUUAAGCGCAUUUAGGAUACCGCGCAUUAGGACCCAACAGUCUUCUGCAACA